CAUCCUCUUGAAGUGUGGUCCCGUGACUAAUUUCAUUUGAAUUUGAGCACAAACCACAAAGUACACGCUUUACCGUUGAGUACGUUUCCCAUAGUUGAGUCAAACUCACCGGAUUUUGUCCUCGUUUUUACCGACACAUUCAUUUGCUUUCAGCGCGACACGUCAUUGGAGUUAGUUGGAGCAGUGAACCAGGAUGAGGAUGGUCCAGUCGUCAAUGUGAGCUCUGUCCAGGACCGGACACUGUGUAGGAGUGCUGAGGGGCUUGACCUGUUGACCCUUAAACCUCUGAACUCUGACCGCUCCAGCUCAGGAUGGAGGAGCAGUCCAGCUACCCCAAUGUCAGCAUUCCCUGCUACCCCAAUGUCAGCAUUCCCUGCUACCCCAAUGUCAGCAUUCCCUGCUACCCCAAUGUCAGCAUUCCCUGCUACCCCAAUGUCAGCAUUCCCUGCUACAAUGAGCAGAGGGACAAGAAGAAGCGCUACACUGUUUACAAAGUGAUGGUCAAUGUAGGAAGACAUGAGUGGUUUGUCUUCAGGCGAUACGCAGAGUUUGACAAGCUCUACAACACAUUGAGGAAACAGUUUCCAUCUUUGAACUUGAAAAUCCCACCCAAGAGAAUAUUUGGGGACAACUUUGACCCAGAGUUUAUCAAGCAAAGAAGAACAGGUUUACAUGAGUUCAUUCAAAGACUGGUCUCACAUCCUCAGCUCAGAAACCAGCCUGAUGUCAGAGCAUUCCUGCAGAUGGACAAAUCUCAAAACUUCUCAGACCCAUCAGAAGACGAAGAUGACAAGAACGGCUCUACCUCCAGAAAUAUUAACCUGGGACCGUCUGGAAAUCCACAUGCAAAGCCCACAGACUUUGACUUUCUCAAAGUCAUUGGAAAGGGGAGCUUUGGAAAGGUUCUCCUUGCUAAACGGAAACUGGACAGAAAGUAUUACGCAAUCAAGGUCCUGCAGAAAAGGGUCAUCCUCAACAGGAGAGAGCAAAAACACAUCAUGGCGGAGCGCAAUGUGCUACUGAAGAACAUGAAACACCCUUUCCUGGUUGGCUUGCAUUAUUCCUUCCAGACGACUGACAAGUUGUACUUCGUCUUGGAUUUUGUCAACGGGGGAGAACUCUUCUUCCAUCUUCAAAAAGAACAGACCUUUCCGGAACCCAGAGCCAAGUUCUACAUCGCAGAAAUGGCAAGCGCACUGGGCUAUCUGCAUUCUCUUAAUAUAGUUUACAGGGAUUUGAAGCCAGAAAAUAUCCUUCUCGACUCUGAAGGACAUAUAGUUUUGACUGACUUCGGGUUGUGCAAGGAAGGCAUUUCCCAAGCCGAGACAACAAGCACAUUUUGUGGAACACCCGAGUACCUAGCUCCAGAGGUCCUGAGGAAACAACCGUAUGACAACACAGUGGACUGGUGGUGUCUGGGAUCAGUGCUCUAUGAAAUGCUCUUUGGCCUGCCUCCGUUCUACAGCAGAGACACCCAUGAGAUGUAUGACAACAUCCUUCACAAGCCCCUGAUAAUGCGUCCCGGAGCGUCAAACACGGCCUGGUCCCUCCUGCAGGCUCUACUGGAGAAGGACGGCACACACAGACUGGGCUCCAGAGAUGAUUUUAAUGAGAUCAAAGCGCACUACUUCUUCUCAGAGAUCAACUGGGAUGACCUGGAACAGAGGAAGGUUCCACCUCCAUUCACUCCCAAUGUGAAUUCUCCUCAUGACAUCACAAACUUUGAUCCAGAAUUCACAGGCGAGACUGUUACGAACUCUGUGUGCUAUACUGAAGAUGCCAUAGUCAACGCCAUGGUGAUGGAGGCUGACGAUGCCUUCCUAGGUUUCUCCUAUGCACCACCCUCCGAUGACUCCUUUCUAUGAAAGACUCGCUGUGAGUCCCUGCCCCAGAGUUCUGUGAAAUUGCCUUAACUCCGUGUUCUUCCAUCAUGGUCCUGUUGAUCCACAGAGUAUGCAGGCUUUUGUUCCAACCCAGUAGAGCUUGUCGAUUAGUUUAAUCAUGUGUGUUAGUGCUGGGCUGGAAGGAAGGUCUGCCCCCCUGCUGGUUUCCAGGAUCAGGACUGAAGAACAGUGCCUUAACCUGUCCAGAUUCUUUUGAAUAAAAGGGAACUCAUACUGUGGAUGAACCCGGAAAGCGAGCAGAAGUUGUGAUCAGACAGCACUUAUGAAUAUGGUUUGGGCUGCAGUGUGUCAAAUCUUUAUUUUUACCUAAUUAUAUUUAUAUAACAACAUAUUUUUUAAGAAAUGACACGUUUGUUGGCUUAUGUUGAUCCACAAAAAAGUGGUGUCAAUGUUGGUCCUUUUGGUUUGAAGAAAGAUAAACAUUCAGUGUCUUUUCAGGAUGGGUAAAACUAAUCCCCAAAAGAAAAUCCACGUUUAGAACUAGAAUCCUUCAUUAAAUGCCAAGGCAUUGUGCUCUCCACUUCUCUCUACAAAGCUAAGGGAUGGUGCUGGAGAAAUGUCACCGCUUUCAAAUUCAUAGACUGCUAUGGAUACAAGGACUGACCACCCAUGAUAUCAAAUGUAUAGUUUUGAGGCUAUACAGUGUUUUUUACAUUUACAUGUUUACAAACUUAUUUUGGGUUAUAAUGGGUACAACAGGUGAACUAAUAAGCUCAUGAGGCAUUUGUGAGUUAUAUUCUUCAAUAAUCAAUGGGUAUAUACAUUGAGUGGACAAAGCAUUAGGAACAUCUGCUCUUUCCAUUACAAACUGACCAGGUGAAACAAGUUGAAAGCUAUGAUCUCUUAUUGAGGUCACUUGUUAAAAUCCACUUCAAUCAGUGUAGAGGAGACAGGUUAAAAAAUUAUUUUUGGGCCUCGAGACAAUUGAGACAUGGAUUGUGUGCCAUUCAGAGGGUGAAUUGGCAAGACAAAAUAUUUAAGUGCCUUUGAACGGGGUGUGGUAGUAGGUGCCAGGCGGACCGGUUUGAGUAGUGUCAAGAACUACAACGCUACUGGGUUUUUCACGCUCAACUGUUUUCCGUGUGUAUCAAGAAUGGUCCACCACCCAAAGGACAUCCAGACAACUUUACACGACUGUGUGAAGUGUUGGAGUCAACGUGGGCCAGCAUCCCUGUGGAACACUUUUGACACCUUGUAGUGUCCAUGCCUUGAUGAAUUGAGGCUGUUCUGAGGGGAAAAGGUGGUGCAAAUCAGUAUUAGGAAGGUGUUCUUAAUGUUUUGUACACUCAGUGUAUUUACCCAUUGAUUAUUGAAGAAUAUAACUCACGAAUGCCUCAUGAGCUUAGUUCACCUGUUUUACCCGUUAGAACCCAAAAUAAGUAUGGAGCAACUAAGGAUUCUAGCUUUAAAAGUGUAAGUGAGGAAUGAAACAACUUCCUCAAUCAUUUCUGUUCCACUUUAAAAACAGACUGUGGCCUUAAUGAAAUGACAGUGAACAUAUUAUAUUCUCUCAGAAUAACAGCUGAAAGGAAUUGUGUUUUGUCUCUUCUCUCUUUUUAAAAGAUGGCUUAUCUUAGUUCAUUUUUUUCUCAAUGGGGGAAUACUUGAGGUCACUGAAUAGAGUCUUGUGUUGACAGAGGUCAUUUCAGUUCAUAUUUUGAGGAAGUUCAUAGACCUUUUCUGUGGUGGCUCCAUCCAUGACUUUACCUUGAAAACAGAUGCUGAGCCAUCUGAUUGCUUUCUAGCUGUUGGUUGCUUGCCUGUCUGUAUUAUAGCUUACAUCUCUUAAUCUUGCUUUAAUUGACACUCCGAUAUUACUCAAAUCCUCAUUCACCAUCAUUUUGGGUUUUUACACAAUUUCUAGGUAGUGAGUGUGGUCAACAGUCCUCAUUGUUCAAUAUAAUGAUUUAAUGAGAAGUCCUGUACAUAAAAUAAGAAUGAAACAACUAUGUAGUGUGUUUUAGGAUGUACAGUGUAUUCAAACGCCUUGACUUCUUCCACAUUUUGUUACGUUACAGCCUUAUUCUAAAAUUGAUUAAAUAAAAAAUACCCCAUAAUAGCAAAGCGAAAACAGUUUUUUUUUUUUACAUUUUUGCAAAUGUAUUAAAAAUAAAUAAACAGAAGUAUUCUGACCCUUUGCUAUGAGACUCAAAAUUGAGCUUAGGUGCAUCCUGUUUCCAUUCAUCAUCCUUGAGCUGUUUCUACAUUGGAGUCCACUUGUGGUAAAUUAAAUUGUUUGGACAUGAUUUGGAAAGGCACACACCUGUCUAUAUAGGGUCCCACAGUUGACAGUGCUCGUCAGUAGAAACCAAGCCGUGAGGUUAAAGGAAUUGUCCAUAGAGCUCUGAGACAGGAUUGUAUCGAGGCACAGAUCUGGGGAAGGCUACCAAAACAUGUCUGCAGCAUUGAAGGUCCCCAAGAACACAGUGGCCUCCAUCAUUCUUAAAUGGAAGAAGUUUGGAACCAAGACUCUUCCUAGAACUGGCUGCCCAGUCAAACUGAGCAAUCAGGGAAGAAGGGCCUUGGUCAGGGAGGUGACCAAGAACCCGAUGUAAACUCUGAAAGAGUUUUAAUCAAUUUUAGAACAAGGCUGUAAUGUAACAGAAUGUGGAAAACGUCAAUGGGUCUGAAUACUUUCUGAAUGCCCUGUAUAUGGAGAUGGGUGACUUGGCUGGUUGUCUGGUCUGUACUCUACAGACGUGCGCAGUUCUUAUGUUCAGGUGGCCGGCGGCUGCGACUGUCAGGUGCAGGCCCGUGCUAGCUACUGAGGUCUCUGUGGCUGAACGCUGUAGGUAACUAGCUUAGCUAGUUUGUCAGUAACAGAAAAUUGAAAAUGAUUUCCUAUUGAGUCUGUUUUGUCUUUAGACAUUAGUGGAGCUCUUCAACUUGCUGAAGACUGCAAACCAUUCAACGUAGGUUUAGUGGUAGGCUAGCCAUCGAGAGCUUUCAAUGAGCUGUCAGUGUAGCCACUGGGAUUGCGUCAUGUGGUCCAGAGGGGGUAACCUAGGCAACCCUGUGUGACCCCUCCGUCACCCUCAAAGCUACGGCACUAUUUCAGUCAGUAAGUCCAAAACAUCUCCCAUUACCCUAUUCAAAUCUUGAAUUUGGAACAUACCCGAAUUGACGGUUUGUGUCACUCCCCAUGAGAUUUGUUGUCUCUCCCUCGUAGAGAAAAUACACAGUCAGGCAAAUGUGAUCCUGAAGUUUACACACCUCCCUCCGUUCCCUGAGGACACCCUGGAUAUCUGAGUUUCCCCGUGGUUCCAUGUGCUGGGAGGUGAGAAUGACGCCACUAAUUGGCUCUGUCCCUGAAUGAUAUCUGAUGAAGUAGCCUCACAUUCCAUGCUUACAUGUAGCUGUUGUUUAAAUACAAUACGGUUUUGAAACCGACAAGCAUCUGGUAGAGCUUAUCCAUGUCAAAGCACUGGAUGUCCUGAAAGUCCAUCCUCCCAGGCCCUCCGGUACCAGUCUGCCACCCUGUUUCUCAGCGGGAGGUUCACAUUCUGGUAAAUGUAUCAUAAUGGUAAUUUUGUCCAAACAUUUUGUAAUGUGCACGUACAGCCCAGUACAUCACUGGGGCCAAGCUUCCUGCCAUCCAGGACCUAUAUACCAGGCGGUGUCAAAGGAAAGCCCCCCCCCCUGUUUUUACACUGCUGCUACUCGCUGUUUAUCUAUGCAGUCACUGUCCCCUUACCUACAUGUACAAAUGACCUUGACUAACCUGUACUUCUGCACAUUGACUUGGUACCGGUACCCCCUGUAUAUAGCAUCUUUAUUGUUCUACUUUUUUGUUGUUGACACUCGUUUAUUUAUUAAAUAUUUUCUUAACUCCA